UAGAAAUCGUGGAUUGAAGUAUUGUCAAUCAACGGUGAAAUUAAUAAUUAAUUAUUAAUUUGUAAACUAUGGAGGUUGAGCGUUGUAUUAAUAUUGAGAAAGAGGUACAAAUUACCUGCGAUGAAGUGAAGUUAGAAGAUAAAUUAGGAAUCGUAAACAUUUUUCAAGAAUCCAUCGAUGAAGAAGGAGUUCAUAUUAGAGAGAAAUAUAAAAUGAAGAAUGAGGAAAGUAAUUUAAAUUCCUCAGUUAUACAAGUCGAUGCAUAUCAAUCACCUGCCUAUUUUACCACAGAAAUGCCUCAAGUAUUAGAUCCAUUGAAUAACCCCAAACUAACUAACUGGGAACAGUGUGAACUACCUGAAUAUCAAUUGGUUGAUUAUCCUAAAGGUGAAGAGAAGUACCAUCAUACUGUCAGUACUGAUGAUGACAAGAAAUGGGAUGUUAAAUUAGAAAAUGUGGACAUUUCUGAACAAUUCAGAGAUGAAGGAGUUCAUGAUAGAGAAGAAUAUAUAAUAGAGAAUGAAGAAAGUUACACAAAUCCCUCAGAUAAUGAACUUGAUGGAAAUCAAUCACCUGCCUCUUUUCCAAAAAAAAUAAAUCAAGGGUCAGACGCAACAAGCAAAAUUAAGGAACACAAGUGUCAUCUAUGUGAGUUUGUUACAAGUAGAAAAACGGAUCUUCAUAAACAUUUCAAGCUUUGUCAUUUAGAUGUUAAAAUAUAUAAAUGUCACCUUUGUGAAUACGCUGCAACUUUGAAAAGAACCCUUGACAUUCACUUAAAGUCUGUUCAUUUCAAAAUUAUAGAACACAGGUGUCAGUUAUGUAACUAUUUUACAAAUAGAAAAUGGGAUCUACGUAAGCAUGUCGACGCUGUUCAUUUGGAUAUCAAGAGACACAAAUGUCACCUUUGUGAUUAUGCUGCCUAUUUGAAGGAAAGCCUUAAUAUUCACAUGAAAUCUGUUCAUUUAAAUAUUAGGGAGCACAGGUGUCACUUCUGUGAAUAUGCUGCGAGUAGAAAAAGUGCCCUUGAACUACACAUCACAUCUGUUCAUUUGAACACGAAGGAACACAGAUGUCACUUAUGCGAGUUUGCCUCCAGUGUAAAACAAAGACUUGAUGGACACGUAAAGUCUGUUCAUUUGAAAAUUAGAGAUCACAGGUGUAAUCUAUGCGAAUUUGCUGCUAGUAGAAAAAAAGGCCUUGAAGUACACAGAAAAUCUGUUCAUUUAAAAAUUAAGGAACAGAGGUGCCACUUGUGUGAGUAUGUUACAAGUAGAAAAAUUUAUCUCAAAAAUCAUAUCGACCGUUUCCAUUUGAAUCUUAAGAAACACCAAUGUCACUUAUGCGAAUACGGCGCGAGUGAAAAACAGAGCCUUGAUAGACACGUGAAAUCUGUUCAUUUGAAAAUUAAGGAUCACAAGUGUCACCUAUGCGAGUAUGUUUCAAGUAGAAAAGUGCACCUCAAGAGUCACAUCGAAUGUGUUCAUUUGAAAAUCAAGAAACACAAAUAUUCACAUACGAUGUGAAUACGCUCCAAGUGCGAAACAUGCACUUGAUGGGCAUGUGAAAUCUGUUCAUUUUAUAAUUGAGGAUCACAAGUGUCACUUAUGUGAGUUUGUUCUAAAAGUAGAAAAGUGCAACUUUGAAAGCACGUUGACUUUGUUCAUUUAAAUAUCAAGAAACAUAAAUGUAACCUGUGAAUUAGCUACCAGUCAGAAAUCCAUUAUUACACGACAUGUAAAAUUAGGGAACACAGGUGCCAUCUAUGUGAGUUUGUUACAAGCAGAAAAAGAGUCCCUCCCACAAUCUGUUCAUUCAAAUAGCAAGUAGAAAUUUAGUGUUAUGUGAGUGUGCUACAAAUAUAGGAGACAAUAAAAAUUAUUUCAUUGAAA